AUGCUACUAUGUUCCUCGAGAUUACAGCCAAGAUCGCAUGACUCUUAUUGUCGCAAAAAUGUGACCAUUAAUUUACGACAGGAUAACGAAUGGUCCACCACGAUUCAGAGAACUCCAAAGAAAAUAUUUAAUCCGAAUUCAUGGAUGACGAAUUCGAUGAGUUUCGUUCCUUUCGUCGACAAUCGGCUCUAUUUUGAUCCAAACUCUUUAUCUUGUAUCGCGACAUCUACUGUAGAUCCGCAAUAUUCAGAAGAUGUUAUAAGAUCGUCUAAUAUAAUGCAACGUCACCAUCAUCAUCAUCAUCAUCGUCGCCGUCAUCAUCAUCAUCAUAGAAAGCAUAGACGCGUGGUCAGUGAUCCGGGUACAAGAAAUUGGAACGUCGCUAAUCAAGAUGUCAAACGACAUCGUAGGAUGUUCAGCUACGAUACGGGUAUUACUGGUCUGAGAUUGAUAGAAGAGGCAUCAAUAGCUGAGAUCGAUAAGGAAAUUCCAUCCCCUGAUGAGACGAAAAUAUCGACUUUCAGGAAAGUGCCAUGGCAUUCGAACUUGCACAUGCUCAAAAUCAGAAGAACCUAGCACGAUAAAAUGACUUAUAUAUGUUGUACGUGGGACAUUAGAAUGAUAUAAAAGGAAAACGAGUUUUAUCAAAAGUUUCAAAUAAGUUGAUUGAUCGUCUCGUUAUUUUCCUUUUAUCCUUGUUUUUCGAAGGAUUGUAAUGACGAGGCAUUAUUUAUUCUAUUACAGGUAGUUGCACUUUUGGCGUCUUUAAGGUCAUAAUAUCAUUUUAUUUCAUUUUUAUUUAAUAUCAUUCCGCUUGAUAUUAAAAUUUCAGUGAAAAAUGACUAGUUUAAUAGUUUAAAAAAAUAUAAAAGAUUAAUAAAAGAUUAAUACUUUAAUUUUGCUUAAAUAUCUAGUUUAAAUAGAAAAAUAACGUUGUUGAAGUCACUAAUCUACGUUUAUGAACAUAUGAUUUCAAUUUAAUAAAUAGAAUAUUUUAUUUCUCGUGAAUGAAUAAUGAAUAAUGUAUAAAAUGUGUCAUAGUAUCUAUAUAAGUAGAUAUUUAUUUUUAUAAAUGAACUAAUGUAUUUAAAUAUAUCGAUCAUUCGAUAUUCAAGGAAAGUAUGUAGAUUAAAAUAAUUGGAAAUGAUCAAAAAAUUAUAAUUCAAAUUAUAAAGAAAAUUAUCUUAGAGACGCUAAAUCUUAAACUUCCUAAUAUAAUUAUAGAAAUAUCAAAGCGAGUAAAAAUUAUCCCUAAGAAAUACAGUACCUUUUCAUUUUACGUGCAAUAUUAUCGUUAUAAGAAUUUAUGUGUAAGAAUUUAUUUAUUGUGCAAGUCAUGUGAAUACUAUUAUACUUACUAUUAGCCAUUGAGAUUGCGUUAUUAUUGUUGGAUACAGAGACGCAAUCAUGCAGUUCUCUUUUGUUUCAUUUUUUUCCUUUCUUUUGUUUUGUUUUCAUUGUCUUUCUUUUUUAAAUUGAAGUAUUUGUGAUUUUUGUUAAUUAAAUAAUAUUUUUGUACAUAUUAACUUGUAUUUUACCAAUUUUUCUGUGGUAAAUAAGAAUUGAUAUUUACACAGAAUUGUAUGAUGCAUUUAUUGAAUUCGCGAUACAUCGUUUAUAUAACAGUUUAUAUUUCAACAGAAAUAUAUUCGAAGCAAUAUAUUAUUCGUUAGCUGCUCAACUCAUAACUGUUUGUUCAAUAUUCAUCAAAUUAUAAUAAAAAAAAGACUUUCUUGUGGUGAAUAAAUGAAUAUUUUUUAAAUA